AUGUCGACCACCACCACACUCAUCGCAACCGCUGCCCCUGGCCUCUACGCGUCGCCCCAUCAUCUCUCGACCACGGCGUCCUCCUGUCCCGCCUGCGGCACGAAUGUGCCUAGCCUAUCGGAAUCCUCGGAAAAUGCGGCCCAGAGGCGGAUAGUGGAGCUGGAGAACCAGGUGCGCAUGUUGACGGAGAAGGCCUCGACAGCCGUCGACAAGUUGGCAGACUACGAAGAUGAACUGCGCCAUCUGAGAGCCCUACAGGUGAAGGCCGCCGAGGCCUCUAGCGUUCUCAACUCCUCGCCCGCGACCCCCUCCGGAGACGGCAAUAGGCCGCACACAGCCAACCCAGCUGGUUCCGCAGCCCGUUCCUCCCGCAUUACCUCCCUCCUGGGCCGCCGCAAGUCAUCCUCUUCCAUCGCUGCCGGAAUCCCUCCCGCUGGGACCGUCCCGCCGCUCCCUGGCGUCCCUUCACAAGAAGCAGAGCUCCGCAACGCUCUUGAUAAAGAAAGGAGUCUGCGUCAGGAGGCUGAGGGAAAGGUGUCAGCCAUGAGCAGCGAGAUCGAGGAGCUCAGCGUUACGCUGUUCCAACAAGCCAACGAAAUGGUUGCGGAAGAGCGUAAGGCUCGUGCCAAGCUCGAAGAGCGGGUCGAGAUGCUAGAAAAGCGAGACAAAGACAAGAGGAGGCGGCUCGAGCGGCUAGAAACCGCAGUGCAACGUAUCGAGCGGUCCGCCGAUGACUUGGCCAAGGACAUCGCCCAAGGCGUAUCCUCGACUCUACCUGGACCUCUUUCUCUAACCAACUGCCGGUGGAGCUUCCGUCAUAAGGGCUUCAUCAGGUCUACGACCACCAGGAUCAAAGCUCCUGGUCACACCCAGACCAUCCCUCAAGGUGACCAACGUCGCCGGCAGAACGGCAAUGCGGCCCACUUGGCGCCUUCGGAUGUGAUCCGAUGUAACGGCCUCUUCGCCCACCGGGAAUGA